GCAGUCAUUGUUUUGUGCACCAGGGCUGGCAAAUUGAGUGUAAAGUCCGACGGAGACAUUCCGGGCUCAGAACUGGAUGCUGAGGUUGUAUAUCUCCACACGGCGCCGUUUGAACAGAGGGACCGGUGCAACAGGAGAAUGUCUCCGGGCGGUGAGAGCUGUUGAAGUGGGCUCCUUCGCCCCGCAGUUGUCGUUUAGUAGUUUCUGGGUAUGGAGGAUGGGCGAUAAGGAGCUGGAGAAAUUCCGGCUGCUGUGGAGAGAAGAGAUUAGGGAGCGGAACCGGGCCGGGAGGCUGACCUGCGGCGAAAGGAGCAGCAAAAAGCGGCGCCAGCAGCCGGGGCCUUGUGACCAUGGAGACAGGGUGGCGGUGGAGGGGCCGAGCGGCCGGCAGCGAGCAGGAGCAGCCCAUGAUUAUUUCCACUUGGCCCAGAGCCUGCUGGAGGGCCGGAGCAGCCCGCUCAGAGAGCGCCUGGAAGACGGACGAUGCGGCGGGCUGAGCGGGGUCGUCGGCCGCGGAGGGACAGGGACAGGGUCCGAGGCCUGGGCAGGGCCCCAGGGCCAAUCCACACAGGACCCCAGCAACAAGAAGGAGAACCUGCUGGAUCAGCUCAUCAAUGACUUGAAUGAAAUAAAUGAAAUUCCCUUUUUUGAUAUUGACCUGCCUUAUGAGCUAGCACUGAAAAUAUUUGCCUAUCUUGGCAAAACUGAACUUGGAAGAUGUGCUCAGGUGAGUAAAGCCUGGAAAGUUAUUGCAGAAGAUGAAGUGCUUUGGUACAAGCAUUGCUUGAAAGCAGGCUACCAGGCGAAGGCAGACAUUGGCGACUUCGUAUGCUGGAAGGCUGUAAUGAGAGAUUCCAUUAAGAAGGAACAAACAUUACAAGCCAACUGGAAGAUCUUUUAUUUCCAACAGAACCGUAUUGGAGCUGCAAGCCAGUUGCAAUAUGAUGUGGGAGGAAUAUUAUGUGAUGCACACUCAUGCAAUGGAUUGGUAGUUUCAGGAUACACAUCAGGAGAUGUGAGAAUGUGGGACAUAAGCACCUGGGACAGCAAUGCCUUGUAUCUGGAAACGUCACAGAGCUCUGCAGAACUUGGACCACGGCCACACGUCUCUUUUGUGAGGAUAAAUAGCACCAUAGCAGUGGCGGCUUACAAGGGUGGUGCUGUUGAUGUGUGGAGCACAGUUCUUGCACAGGAACCAGUACAUCAUUAUCAGCACAGCCAGGAGAUAGAGGCUGUAGCAAUAGCAUCAGACAAUGCUGUAAUUGCAACUUGCUCAGGUUAUCAAGUAAGAUUAGAAGCCUGUGAUGAGAAAGGAUAUUGGAGGACAGCUGAGCAGUUUGAACUCCAAAAACUGGCUAGCUAUCUUCAACUUGUUCCAGGUGGUCCUCUAAAUACAGCUGGAAGUCAGCCAGUAAUAGCAGCAGCUGAAGAUACUGUUUACUUACUGAACCCUGAUGCAGAGCCAAAGGUACUUCAUUCCAUCUAUGGAAAUACAGUGACCUGCCUGGAUGUAUCCACUAAUCAGCUUGCCUGUGGUGUUAAAAGUUUUGGUUGGAUAAUUAGCCACGGCAACAAGGUCCAAGUUUAUUGUCUACAGACUGCUCAGCCAUUGGCAACACUGGGAAACUCUGCAGGAGACUUCACCUGCGUGAACCUGAAGGAUAGUCCUCCUUUUCUAGCUGUUACUGGAAAUAAGGACAGAAGGGUGAGAGUAUAUGACCUUCGGACAAGUAAAGCAGUGAUGUCAUUCUAUGGCCAUCAACUGGGUGUGUCAUCUGUACAGAUGGAUGACUGGAAGAUAGUCAGUGGUGGUGAAGAGGGAUUGGUUUGUGUGUGGGAACAGCGAAUGGGAGCCAAGCUCUGGGAAAUGCAUUCCAGACAUCCUGUGCGACACUUACGCUUUGGCACACAUACCCUGGUUACUGCAAAUAUUCCCAAUGAGAAAUGUCCAAGAGGAGCCAGUAUCAUGGAUGAUGAUUUAACAGCUCAUCGUAGGCAUCGAGGAAUUAUUUAUGUCUAUGACUUUUCAGUCGAUAAAUCAGCUCCUGUCUUACCCAUAUGUCGUUCCACCUAUGAUGAAGAUGUUGGCUACAGCUACAACAUAGCACUUUCGAUGCCUUAUGACCAAAUCAAGUGAAUACCUGUCACCUCAUGGAUAUAUUGGUUCCAUUACCGUCAUACAGUAAUUCUGGAAGUAUGCUUGUAAUUGACCUACAUUUUGAAAUGUAAGGAAAUAAUACUUCUCAAGAAAAGGCAAAGGAGACAUCCAGGCCAUUGGAGAGACAUUGAACUAGAAAUAACCCUUGAUCCUGAAAUCUCAUUCGCGCUUAUCACUGAACUUCCAAGGAAUAUGACAUAAAUCAUCAUUUUUACCUAUGCUUCUGUGGCUGUUCCAAUUUAUCACCUAAAUCAUAAUGGGAGAUCUGUCUUCACCUUGAAAUGUUUCUCUUUCUUUUGGUUUCCCUUUUGUGAGAUCGUUGUUUCUCAUUAUAAAAUUUGGAUUAGAGAAACUGAUUAUUUGUAGGGUAAAAUGAAGUCAGUCACAUUGACUUCAGACCCAAUUACAUAAUUCACAGGAUGAUCCAUUGUAUAUAGAUAAUGCAGAGAAAGCAGAUGAUAAAACUGUUUUCCACAAUAGUAUAUUAUUUUAAGUAUUCAAUAAAGCUGCCAUUUGUGGCUGGUGCUUUUCUGUUUGCUUAAAUAACUGUUCUAUCUCAGGUCCUGAAGGUGGUAAUUCAUUUCAGAAUACAGGUUAGAGGAUGAGCUUCUUUGAUACAGGGCGAGCAUCCCUGCCUGAGCCAGAUACUUCGGGUUCAAGUCUCAUUCAGGACUGAAAGGCCAAGAAAGGUAUGUUUAUAAUGUGACUAAACAAGUUGAGUAUCAGAGAUUGUAGGAACUGCCGAUGCUGGAGAAUCUGAGGUAACAAGGUCUAGUUGAGUGUCAAUCUUCUAACAUAUACCAAUGACAGGUGGUGAAAUUUGGAGCCUCUACCAAAUCAAUUCAUAGCUCUGAACCACAAUAUGUGUGUUGCGAUAGCAACUCUGACUUUUUGCGGAGAGAAGUUAGCUCAGUUGAUCAUAUUAGGGACAGCUGCACGGGUUAGUUCCGAGUUCUGGUGAAGAUCAAAUUGGGACUUGCUUCCUGGCCUUUACCCAUGGUGGAGUUUGCAGCACUGUGGAUCAGAACUGCCCUCAGGCAGGUAACUGAGCAGACAGCUUGGGACACUAAGUCAAGUAGAUGGCAGAGGUGAUCAUCACCGUCUUCUACUGGUAUUUUACACGUUCUAGGAUAGGUUGAGGGUAGUGCACCUGCCCUUGGGCCAAUUAGGGCCUUUAAACAAUCCCAAAUAGCCACUUUAAGGCUUCUCCCCACAUUGGGUGAUAUUUUAUUAGCAGCAAGUAGAUAUCUCGUACAUAAAUAAGGAAAGCAAAGCCUAAGGAGCAGGAGGUGAAAGGAUUUGUUUUGAUUUAAAAGAAAACUUUUCCUUCUCUUCAGCUACCAUUCUAAAUUCAAAUUGUUGUGAUGGCCUAUUAUGAGGCCUCAGCUUCACACAGCUUUCAUAGGCAAAAUAAGUUAUGUUCAUAGUUUAUGCUCGAACUGUUGCAUUCUCUGCUUAUUAAGAGCAUAGAAGGCUGCUGUCCUCUGCACUUACUGCGGUGACUGGACGUGCAACAUUGCAUUAUCAGCCCCUCAGUUCCCCAGCUGUUAGUAUUCAAUAGUGUUUUUGAAUGAAGUGUAAAUCAUAAAUUCUCUUUCA